AUGGCGCGCAUAGACGACGCGCGGCAGCGCGGCGUGUUCGGCGCGGCGCUGCUGAUCGGCGCGCUGGUGUUCCGGUGGGCGCUGGACACUCACGGGUGCCACGUGGCACAGCUGCUGGCCAUUGACGACACUGACGAGUACCACGCUAAGCUGCUCGCCAUCGACGAUACUGACGAAGGGGAUGCGGAUGGAAUGGGGGAUGCUGGUGCUGGUGAUGGCACCGGAGUCAAGGAGGAAAGAGGGCAGCAUUGCACCCUGCUCUGCUGGUCCAUCCAUCUCACACCAAACCCUCACCUGCUGCACUCCUCUCUACCAACCAACCAACCCCCUCUCCCUCACCUCAAACCCAACCCUCCCACCCUCACCGCCGCCCCUUUCCUAUUCUCAACACGCCGCAACCCCCGUUUUCUCCCCUCCCGCCCCCCUUCCCUCCGUUCCCCCUCUCUCCCGCCCCUCUUUUUCCCCCACGCUCUCGUGAAGUACUAUUCCCGGCUGGGCAUGCGCGCGGUAAGGGUGGUGGAGGGGGGGUCGCUGGGGGAUGUGCCGCACAUGCUGGUGUGGGGGGGCGCCGGCACGCUCAUGGAGGGCGAGAUUCUGCCGCUGCUCACCCGAUGGUCCCGUGUCUUCCCUCCCGCUGCUGCUCGAGGUGACUUUUGA